AUGGUCUAUUGUGGGAAGCCUUCCGGAGGUUGCUCCGUCUGCCGUGGUCGGAAGAUUCGCUGUGAUCAAAAGGAUCCUUCAUGUACACAAUGCACGAAGAAGGGGAUAGCUUGUCCUGGUUAUCGCAACCUUGUUGAUCUGAUGUUUCGAGAUGAAAGCUCUCAUGUCAUCAAGAAAGCAGAAAGCAGACGGUCCCAGCACCUCGUUCCGAAUCAAAAGAGCUCUGCUGGCCAGGGACUCCCUUCUCCAUCUCCAUCUCCCUUAACACCUGCUGAGCCUAUCGGCUCAUCGCCGGCAUUCAUCAUUGAUUCAAGACCUGGGGGAGGCUUACCACCUGCCUCCAAAGUAGAGAAACCUAACAAAGCAACGGAUAGACGUUCUAGGAAACGAGCCACUCGUUGUCGCGCACCUGUGCUUUCAGCAUUGAACAAUGAUUGGAGCCGUUCUUCUUCAGAGACUUCGGAAAGCCCAACUAAUGCCAACGAUGACGGCGGAGCUUCCGAGCUCGAUGUUCCCCUAGACAGAGCUUUAUCCCCUGAGACACAGGACAAGGGCAUCUCCUUCUUCUUUUCUCGCUAUGUCACGACGAAUGGAGGUUCCCACCAAAACUAUUCUUUCAUAUACGAUGUAUGGAAGCCCCCGGACUCGGCCCAGUCCCAAGUUGACCUGGUCUCUGUCAGUAUGGCAGCUGUUGGACUUGCGGCAUGCUCUCAAAGUCUCCAAUCACCCGAACUUAUGACUCGUGCCCAAGAGAGCUAUGCCAUCGCACUUGGAUUAACGCACCGGGCCCUCCGUGACCCGAUAGAAGUAGUCAAGGACACAACUAUGCUUGCAGUAUUGAUUCUUGGCACAUACGAAUUCGUUUCGGGUUACAGUGCUCAUACGAUGCGUGCUUGGCAAGAUCAUGUUAAUGGAGCUGCUGCUCUUGCGGGUAUAAGGGGUGUUGCUCAAUUUAGGACCAAAGCCGGAGCCCGCAUGUUUCUCAUGCUUUGCCAAACGGUCCUGAUAAGCUGCAUUCAGAGUGGUCUCCCUAUGCCAGGGACUCUAAUAGAUCUUCGCCGCCAAAUUCCACCAUCUGAAGAACUUAUGGGGCCUGACUUUCAUGUAACAUAUCCCGUUUACAAAGCACUACAAGUUCGGCACGAUAUCAAAUCAGGCACACUUAGCAGUCUUGAUGUUAUAGUCAACGCCAUAUCUAAUGUCCAGGAAGAAAUUUCUGCAACACUCUCCGGGCUACCAGAGGAUUGGAGAUAUCAUAAUGUACAGUUGACGCAGCCGGACCCACGAGUUUUGGGACAAACUUGUCACGUUUAUACCGGACUUCUCCAAUCCACCACCUGGAACAUGGUGCGAGGAAUACGCAUGCUCCUGUUGGAAACAUUCGUUGAGAAAUUCUGUGCAAUCUUCGAGUCAUCCAGCGAUACUGCAAUAUCGGAGGCUCAUCUUCAGAUUUUGGCAAUUUCUGUCAAACUUUUGAACAUGCUAGGACGGUCCAUCGCUGCGAGUAUACCACAGCACCUUGGAGUUGUUAGUAUACGUGAUAUAAUUGACCGAAAAGAUCCAGCACAUACGGUGUCGAUUGCUGCUAAGAAGCAGGCCUAUCGUGUUCUACCAACGCCUCCCGCUCAUGAUACACGAUUUGGUACCGGGGACGAUGCUUCGAGCAGCGGCGGUAGUCCUGUAAUGUUUGACCCAACAAGGUCGAAAGCCCAUACAGACGAUGCCGCUCGUUUUGUGAGCCUUGCUUCUACCAACAGUACCAUCAUUUGGCCAUUGUACAUGCUUGGCAUGUCGUCGGUCUGCUCCUCUGAGACGAAACAGUACGCCGUAGAGGGUCUCAAUGCCAUACAUAGAGAAGCUGGCUUGGAACAGGCGCGAGUUGUUGCAGGACUAUUACAGGAGCAGAAAGCUGGCCACUCUAUCUGCAACUCCUCACUUCUUAGCAAGCUUCCGUCAGUAGCUCCGAGCACCCUGCCCUCGAUAGUUUGA